AUGUACAUACACAUACACACACACAGAAACAUGUACACACAAGCACAGAGACACGUACACACACAGAGACAUGUACAUACACACACACACAGAAACACACAGAUACAUGUACACACACAGAAAUACACAUGCACAGACACAUGUACAUACACACAGACACAUGUACAUAUGUACAUGCACACACACACACACACACACAUAUGUACACACACACACACACACAUACAUGUACAUACACGCAGACACAUGUACAGAUACACACAUGUACAUACACACAGACACAUGUACAAUUGUAUAUGCAUACACAGACACACACAAACACACACACACAUGUACACGUACACCCCCCCCAUAAAAAGUUGCAGUACUUCGUUGUUCACUCACAGAUCCGGGUACUGCACUCUAGGGGGAGGCAGAGAGCACAGCACACACUCCUUGCUUUGCUUUCACUACACUCAGCUAUUAAGCAGU